AUGCAACCAUGGCUUCCCCUACCCCCAAAACCCCAUAUCAAGCCUCGUUCUCCUCCUCACCACCCAUGCAGACACCUAACCUUUUAUUUCCACGACAUUAUCUUCAACGGCAAGAAUUUCAAAAAUGCCACUGCAGCCAUUGUGGGUUCACCGCCUUGGGGCAACAGGACCAUUUUGGCAGGGCAAAGCCAUUUUGGUAACCUUGUUGUGUUCGACGACCCAAUUACUUUGGACAACAAUUUGCACUCUGCCCCAGUUGGUCGUGCCCAAGGCUUCUAUAUUUAUGACAGGAAAGACAUCUUCACUGCAUGGCUUGGCUUCUCCUUUGUCUUCAACUCGACCCAACACAGAGGGAGCAUCAACUUUGCCGGGGCAGACCCAUUGAUGAACAAGACUAGGGACAUUUCUGUCAUUGGCGGGACUGGGGACUUCUUCAUGACUAGAGGGGUUGCUACUUUGGGAGACUGA